AUGGCCGAUUCCAACGAGUCCCGGCCGGUCGCGCGGGCUACCAAGCCUGUCAGCGAGGCUCUGCUCAACGAAAAGUGGGACCGCGCCGUCUCCUCCAUGAUCAUCAAGUCUUCCCUCGGUCUUUCGUUCGGUGUUGUCUUCUCCGUGCUCUUGUUCAAGCGGAGAGCCUGGCCCGCAUGGGUUGGUCUGGGUUUCGGUGCUGGGCGUGCGUGGGAAGAGGCAGACGCUUCCUUCCGCCGGGGUGACUCGCCCGUCCGUGAUGCACUGCGCCGGUAG